AUGAACAAACUCCCCCACGCUGAACUGAAGAAAUUGAUGAACAAGAAGUUAUUGAAGUUAAAUGAUGGUGGCAGACAUGUACAAGGAAUACUAUGGGACUUUGAUCCCUUUAUGAAUCUUCCAAGACAGGUAUGUGGAGAUGGCAACUUGGGGCGACAGAAUAACAUGAGAAUGGUGGUCAUCCGAGGAAAUAGCAUCAUCAUGCUAAAAGGCUCGGAAAGAGUCUAAACAAUGGCUCUCAGCAGGGGAAUACACAUCUCUCCCCAGAGGGCUUGUUGA